AUGGCUUACCUCCCCUAUGUUGAACCUGGACUCGAAAUCAUUCUUCCACUAUCAACUUUCAUUUUCAUACUCAACAUCACUCGAGAUGUUCUCGACAACUUUCUCUACUGUGGACUCAUUGGUGAAGUAUUCAUCGGUAUACUAUAUGGAAUGCCCAUCACUGGAACAUCAUGGCUCAACAUAGAAAUGCAAGAAACAAUACAAUAUCUCGGAUAUCUGGGGCUCAUCUGUCUAGUAUUCGAAGGCGGACUUAUUACCGAUCUUAAAAUGUUGAGAGAAACAAUAUGGGUAACACUUUCCGCAGCAGCAAUUGGGAUUCUAAUGCCUAUGGCUCUCUCAUUUUCCAUCAUGGGUAUGAAAUUCGAUACAGUCGAAGGUUCGGGAUAUCCGACUGCAUUGGCUGCUUUCUCAGCUGGUGUUUCACUAUGUUCCACUUCUUUAGGAUCUACCUUCAUCAUACUUUCAUCAGCAAACUUACAGAAAACUCCAACUGGUACAUUGAUUGCUGGCGCCGCAAUGAUAGACGAUAUCCUCGUCCUUGUAAUGGUUAAAAUCGUCACAGCACUAGGACAAGGACAAUCAAAUCCAUGGAGAAUAGCUCGACCGGCGAUUUCGAGCCUGAGUCUCGUUCUUGUCACCUUUCUCCUGGUGCCAUUUCUAAUCAAGCCCAUUUACAAAACUUUCCAUUCCAUCUUCGCAAACCAGAAAGAUGUUAACCGGGGUACUUUCGGUGAGAGUUAUGAUACAGAAAAGGGGAUUUCCCGACAUAUGGGAUUUAUACUUUCUACUUUGAUACUUAUACUUUUGGUUACUAUUGCUGCGUGUAUAGAGGGAUCUAUUCUACUUUCUGCAUUUCUAGCAGGAGCAAUCGUCAGGUAUACAUGGCAAAGUACUGAGCUGGACGUGGAAAUGAAUAUGGAUAUGGAGAUGGAGAUCGAUCGACCUACUUUCAUGUUCGAAGAGUACUACAAACCAAUCAUGGAUCACAUACUCGUACCUUUUUUCUUCGCCUCAAUCGGCUUCUCAAUCCCUAUCUCAGAAAUGUUCUCCCCAUCUAUAAUCUACAAAGGAAUUUUCUACGCCCUCCUCAUGUUCCUAGCCAAAGCAUCCGUAGGACUAAUUCUGUAUAUGAAUUUCCUGAUCCAAAAAUUUACAACACAAAAAUCCCACUCACAGAUACAAAUCCAAAUCCAACAUCCCGAAUCACAACUCGAAAUUUCCCAACACGAAACAGGAACCUCUAAUACCAGCACCAACAAUCCACCCAAGCCACCUCAUCUAGACGCCCUCAUAGUCGGCUCCACGAUGAUCGCCCGUGGUGGCUUCGGCUUCCUCGUUGCGUCUGAAGCGCAGAGUUCGGGGAUAUUGAGUUUACACCGUUAUCACGGUUUGGACUCUAAGGAUCUUGGCAGAAUUGACGUGCAAAGUUUGCAAAGUUCGGGUAGAUUUAAAAGAGGAUUAGAAAAUUUAAAUGUGGUAGAAGAUCAGGUAUUUUUGGUUAUUAUCUGGGCGUUGGUUUUAUGUACGAUUUUGGGACCGGUGGUGGCGGGGGUGGCGGUUAGGAGGAAGAAAUUAACAGGAGAAAUACUUAAACUUACCAUCGUUCUUCCUCGUCAUUAUCAUAUUACCUAG